AUUCAUCCAGGCCGAAAGGUGGCAGUAAUGCGCUCCUCACUGCGGUCAGACGCGUGAAGUUUGCAGGAGAAAACAUGGCGACGCCCUUGAUCAGACACACCAAACUCCUGUCGACGGUGGCCAGCCAGUUCAAUUCAGCUGCAUGUUUCAGGAAUAUCCAUUGCACUGCAGCUUGUUUAAAGAACCGUGCAGCUCGUAUUCGAGUAGGUAAAGGAGACAGACCAUUGACUUAUGAGCAGGCGUAUCACCCCCAUCACAUUGGUCAUCGAAAAGGCUGGCUCUCACAACACACUAGUAAUCUUGAAGGUGAGGAUGGAGCGGCAGAAAGAAUUGUGGAGGACGUCUUCAUCAGAAGAUUCAUGUACGGGACAUUUCACGGCUGUUUAGCCGAUGAACUGGUGAUAAAACGUAGAGGCAACGUUCUGAUCAUUUGUGCUGUGAUGAUACAGAAACUCUUGCCACCAAAGUUGUAUUUUCUCAUUGGGUACGCGGAGGAGCUGCUCUCCCACUUCUACAAGUGUCCUGUUAAAAUGGAGGUGCAGACAGUUGAGGAGAAAGUCGUCUACAAAUAUCUAUGAGUGUGCAUAGACCUUCUGUAACGUUGUCUUUAUGUCUGUGUUUAAAACUGUACAUUGUAUGAGUUUAACUCAAAAGUGUAUAUCAAGAAAAUUUGCUUCAUUAAAAUACUGACGAUUGAG